GCGCGCCCCGGCUGUGCGCAGCCGCGGGCCGAAGCGCGGCCAGGACAGCGGGCAGGCGCAGCCCGCUGCGGCCUGGGGCGUCCGGGCGCCUUGGCGCGCCGUGGUCUGCCAUGGUGAAGUUGGUUUUCCUGAAGCUGUCAUUUUCCCUUCCGGGCCACUCGGCGUGGCACAUGUUCGCCGCCUACAAAGGGGAGCGAAUCACGCAGGUUGGCUUGGGAGGAGGCUGGCUUAGACUAUCGACCGGCUCUAUGGGGAACUUUGAGCUCUCUGGAGCCUCCUGCAACUUGCUCUCGCAACUUCAAGUGAGCACAGGUCGGACAUACCCACUGUGCUUUGAGAGUCCGGGAUCUCUUAGAAGUGUAACCUCCACGCCUCUUGGACUGGGAGCUUAGAGAUGCCGAUUCUUUAGUGUAAAGUAGCCAAACGUGUAGUGCUAGAAGGAAAUUAAGCUAAGACUUAUAGUCUCGCUCCUACUGGAAAUUUAGUUUAGCCCGUAUACUUUUGACAGCUGAGUUUACUGGGCACAAUAACUUUUAAAUGAGCUUUUUCUUAGCACUCAUUAACGAGACUAGGUAAUUCUUCAGACCCACUUGGGAAUAACAAAAGAAGGCAUUUGGUUCUUCAUCAUCUAUCCCAAGGCAGAGGUUGAGAUUCUCUACCCGCUAGGCUAGUUUGCAUUUCCCAGUCCCUGAGAGGAGAAUGGGAAUGAUCUUCAGCAUGUUUGAAGCCCAGCCAGUCCUGGAACCAAUUCAAUAUGUCCCAAAGCCUGAAACUCCUCUCCAGCUGUAGGUGGGGAAUGCUCAAACAUGUUAAGAGAAGUUUGGAUUUUCUUCCCGAGCAGCCAACAGAUCCGUGGGUCCUGAUGGAUGUGGCUGAGAGCCCUGAACUGGAGCCUCACUCCCCAGAGGAUGAAGAGCAGCCGGCACUCUCAGAUGAUGACAUUCUGAGGGAAAGUGGAUCUGAACAAGAUUUGGAUGGAGCUGGGGAAAGGGCUUCUGAUUUGGAGGAAGAGGAAAAUGCAACUAGGGUACAAAGCCAGGAGGAGAUUCACUCAGAUGAGGAAGACCAAGCCAGUGAGCCCAAGUCCCAGGAUCAGGACUCAGAGGCUCAUGAGCUGAGCAGGGGCCCAGCAGGAUCCCCUUGCGAGGAGGGGGAUGAUGCUGAGGAAGAUGGGACAAGUGAUCUCAGGGACGAAGCCUCCUCAGUGACCAGGGAACUGGAUGAGCACGAGCUAGACUAUGAUGAGGAGGUCCCUGAGGAACCAGCUCCUGCUGCCCAGGAGGAGGAAGCUGAGAAGGCUGGGGUCGAGGAGGAGGAGGAAAAGGGAGAAGGGGUUCCUGGAGAGGAAGGGAAGCCUGAUGUUCAAAGUGUGGGAGAAAAAGAACCCACGGAAGCUGCCAAGGAGAAGAAGAAAGAGGAUGACGAUGGAGAGAUCGACGACGGGGAGAUAGAUGAUGACGACCUGGAGGAAGGCGAAGUGAAGGACCCCAGUGACCGGAAGGUGAGGCCACGCCCCACCUGCCGAUUCUUCAUGAAAGAUGUUGUGACACCAUUAUCCACUCUUCUUCCACCAAUACCAAAUUCCAUACCACUCAGAGGCCAGGUUAAAGGAAACUGCACGUGGGGAAUGAACUGUAGGUUUAUACACCCUGGAGUGAAUGACAAGGGGAACUACUCCCUCAUCACCAAAGCGGAACCCUUUCCACCCAACGGUGCCCCGCCUCUUGGACCUCACCCACUGAUGCCUGCCAACCCUUGGGGUGGGCCAGUAGUUGAUGAAAUUUUGCCUCCACCCCCUCCAGAACCCCCAACAGAGAGUGCCUGGGAACGUGGACUCAGACAUGCAAAAGAGGUUUUAAAAAAAGCAACCAUUCGGAAAGAGCAGGAGCCUGACUUUGAAGAAAAAAGGUUCACAGUAACCAUUGGUGAAGACGACCGGGAAUUUGACAAGGAAAAUGAAGUCUUCCGAGAUUGGAAUUCUCGGGUCCCACGAGAUGUCAGAGACACAACACUUGAGCCUUAUGCAGAUCCUUAUUAUGACUAUGAGAUAGAGCGUUUUUGGCGUGGUGGACAGUACGAGAAUUUCAGGGUGCAGUAUACAGAAGCAGAGCCGUAUCAUAACUAUCGCGACCGAGAGAGGGAGCGAGAGCGAGAGAACAGACAACGGGAACGGGAACGCGACCGAGAGCGUGACCGAGAGCGAGAGCGCAGGCAGAGAGAGCGCGAGCGGGAACGGGAGCGGGAACGGGACAAGGAGCGGCAGCGGAGGAAAGAGGAGUGGGAGAGAGAGAGAGCCAAGCGAGAUGAGAAGGACCGGCAACACCGAGACCGAGACAGGGACAAGGACCGGGACAAGGACAAGGAGAAGCCGAAGCCCCGGUCCCCACAGCCACCGAGCCGUCAAGCUGAACCACCAAAGAAGGAGACCGCCUCUGUGGGGCCACAGGUGAAGCGAGCCGAUGAGUGGAAGGACCCGUGGCGCCGAUCCAAGUCUCCCAAGAAGAAACUUGGUGUGUCAGUCUCCCCAAGCCGGGCACGAAGGCGUCGCAAGACAUCCGCCUCAUCAGCUUCUGCUUCCAAUUCCUCCAGGUCAUCGUCACGGUCUUCAUCCUACUCUGGCUCUGGCUCGUCCCGGUCCCGGUCCCGGUCCUCCUCCUACAGCUCCUACUCCAGCCGCUCUUCCAGACGCAGUUCCUUCUCAGGCAGCCGGUCCAGGUCCCGGUCCUUCUCCUCGUCCCCAUCCCCAUCUCCCACACCUUCCCCACACAGACCUCCAGUCAGAACCAAGGGGGAGCCGGCCCCGCCUCCCGGGAAAGCAGGGGAGAAGUCAAUAAAGAAGCCAGCCCCGCCCCCAGCCCCACCACAGGCCACCAAAACUACUGCACCUGCUCCUGAGCCUGCCAAGCCCGGAGAUCUCCGAGAAGCCAGGAGAAAGGAACGGCAAACCAGGACUCCCCCAAGGAGGCGGACGCUCAGCGGCAGUGGCAGCGGCAGUGGUAGCAGCUACAGUGGCUCCAGUUCCCGAUCCAGGUCUCUGAGUGUGAGCAGCGUUUCCUCGGUGUCCAGUGCCACCUCGAGUAGCAGCUCAGUGCACAGUGUGGACUCAGAUGACAUGUAUGCAGACCUGGCCAGUCCUGUGUCAUCAGCCAGCUCUCGAUCCCCUACCCCAGCACAGACCAAGAAGGAGAGAGGGAAAUCUAAGAAAGAAGACGGAGUGAGAGAGGAGAAGCGGAAACGGGACCCAUCCGCACAGCCACCCAAGUCCUCCAAAGCCCCCGCAGGUGGGAAGGCCUCCCAGCAGGCAGCGGCACCUCAGCAGGCGGCCCCUGGGCAGCCCCAACAGGGCUCCUUUGUCGCUCACAAGGAGAUAAAGCUGACAUUGCUGAACAAGGCGGCUGAGAAAGGAAGCCGGAAGCGCUAUGAGCCCUCAGACAAGGACCGGCAGAGCCCUCCUGCCAAGAAAGCCAACUUGUCUCCAGACCGAGGUUCUCGAGACCGGAAAUCGGGUGGAAGAAUGGGCUCCCCGAAACCAGAGAGGCAGAGGGGCCAGAAUGCUAAAGCUCCUGCUGCCCCAGCGGACAGGAAGCGCCCACUGUCGCCCCAGUCUAAGAGCUCCAGCAAGGUCACCAGUGUGCCCGGCAAAGCCACAGACACUGCCACAGCAGGCACUAAGUCAGGGAAGGCCAGCACAUUGUCACGGCGAGAGGAGCUCCUUAAACAGCUCAAGGCCGUUGAGGAUGCCAUCGCUCGCAAGCGGGCCAAGAUUCCCGGGAAAGUGUAGUGGGCCCAGCUCACUCCCUGGAGUAGACUCUUCAAUGUUUUUAUAAAAAUAGGGUAAGCGCGGCCAUUUUGGAUUUUCCAGCCAAUGUCUUAUUUUGGCUGUGAUUCUUUUUAAAAAUUAAAAAAGAAAAAAAAAGUUUCUCAGCUGGAAAAGAAGCCACACACAAGAUGAAGAUGACGCUGAGUCCCAACCUCCCCACCAGACUGAACCAGCUCCUUCCAGAAUAGUCUCCACGGACAGACGGACAGAUCAGCACUGAGCAGGGAGCACCAACUCUAUGUAACUUAAGAGCUGCGGGCACACGGGCUGGACUCACCCUUCUGCCUCGUUUCUCCAGGGGCCUCCUGGGCUGCAGUUUUCAGCAGUCUCCUCUCUAGGGACAGGAAGGCUGAACACUUCCUGGACUACAGGCAGCCCUCCUUCUCCCUCCCCUCCCCCGGAUCAGAAGUAUAUAUAUAUACAUAUAUAUAUAUUCUUGCCUAAAGUCUGAUUGGGAAACAUUUCCUGUCUUUUAUUUUAAGCAUCAAAUUGUUUUAGUUGAUUAAAAAGGAAAAAAAAAACAGAAAAGACAAAAAAAAAUAAAAUAAUACAGGCCAAGGGUAUUGUUGGGGUGUCUGUCCAAUGUGGAGGGUCUUUUUUGAGCGAUCUCCUAAAAUAAAAUAUUUUGAUAA